UUCCGCAUGCUCACGCCUUCGGUCUGCUCUCUGUACCUCCCUGUCCCACAUCCCACGAAAAUCAUUCCGCGGUAGGUGUACGCAAGUGAUUUGUAUUAUGGACGCUGCUACCAAAGGCCUUGCAAUGGGUCUGAAAGGUGUCUCGCUGGAAUAUGGUGCUCCCCAAGUGCGGCGAGAUGACGAGAGCACCCAUCUCGAGGGCACUGCUGCUGCUGCUGUUGGUUGCGAACGGAGGGAGCCCUUUGCCAUGGGAUUGGUGGACAUGGCUGGAGAGUUUCUCCGAUCGGUGAUCUGCCUGCUGGAGCAGCGUGACAUGGUUAUCCUUGGGGGCACGUGCCGUUCGCUUCGCCAAAUCCAGGGAGGGUUUGUGAGUGGCGAAGAGGCGUUUCCUUUGCUGCCCACCGUUGACGAGCGGCAUGGGAACGAGGACAACGCCGUCGAAGUGGACACAGAGACCGGCGCCCUGCGGAAGACACCCCGACCGGGCAUGGGCACCAUCAUGGCCAAGGAAAGGGUUGACAAGAUGACAUGCUACUGGGAGGUCAAGAUACAGGUCUUCACAGGAGUAAGGCUUGAGGUCGGCGUGGCGACACGCCGCAGCAUCUACCGAGGAGGGUGCGACAAGGACGAGUGUUGGGUGAUCGAUUGCUACGGCCGUGCCUGCCACGGAACACGCCUGAGGGGCUACGGCUGCAAGCUCAAGGCGGGCGACGUGCUCGGUGUGCUUCUAAACACCGCCGAUGACUCUUUGUCUUUUUUCGUGAAAGGUAUGCAUUUGACGAUGGUUUGUAGCGAUGACGACCUGUACACUCUCGUACUUCUCACGUCGUCCACAACAAGCUGCAUGCUCGGUAGGGAAGGUCUAAGUCGUACGCCUCACGCACCCCUGCCGCGCUGUCGUUCAGCUUUCGUAUCACGUCCCCGGUCAGUGGCAUGUUCCGUUAGUAGGGGAUUCGACGGUGUUUUUGACGGGUUUCCCUCUAGACCAUGUCUUAACAUCCACGGUUUUACGUUCCUCAAUAGCACCACUUGUUUUUUGUUUUGUGUAUUUUUCCGGCGGGGGGUACGUGACGUUCGUUGAGGCGUGUGCAUGGGUACGGCCUUCAGGAACGUGCGGGCCCCCUCAGGGCUCGGGCUAUAUCCUCUCGUUGUCCUCCCGAGCGUCGCGCACGAGGAGGUGAAGUUUCUGAGGUGUGCCGAAGGAGGAAGCGCGUCGUUCCCGGCUCCUGUCAGACCGCUUUUGGCGACGAAGCGAACGUGGCGGGCGAGACCACAUCCGAACGACUGGGACAUCAUCGUCGAGACCUAUGACGCCCAGGUUGUUCACCGCAUCCAAGACAUGGACCCGGCCUGUACCACCGUCGGCGAUCUGAAGGAAGCGCUUGUCAAGUGUCGCGACCUGGAGUUGUUCACCCCGGGACAGUUGGCGUUACGCACCCAGGGGGCACUGCUGACCGACGAUUCGGCUCUCCUGAGGGCUGAGGGGGUGACUUUUGGGUCUCGAGGGGCUCAGCUGCAGGAUGUGUUUCUAUACGUGCCGCAUCUGAUAAGCUAAUCGGUUCGUCACAGCUACGCAGACCUCUUUCAUGCGUAUUCCUCGCUCUGUGUAGCCCCCGAGAAGCACAGGUACCUCUUCGUCAAGGUAACGAUAGCGCGAGGAUCGCGGCUUGUUUCCUCCAUAUAUAAACGAAAAAACCACAGCGCGCACGGAAGUCUCGGUGUGGGGUACUCAACGGAGCGUAAUGAGUUGUGCAACACUUCUUUGGAAGUUCAGUUGGUUUGGCUUCAAGUUCUGGAUCAGCUAAAUUUCUGCGUGAGAACUUUUAGAGCAACCACGAGGUAACAGCCCUCGAGAGCUGACGGCUGAUAAAGAGAUCAACAAGUCAGCUGGUUGCUUGGGUGCCAAUCAAUGCGUUCCGUCAAGUCCGGCUCUAGAGGGCUACUCUUGUCGAUGGAUAUUCAUUUUUUUUUUUUGUUUGUUUUUCUCCCAU